GGCGCGCGUCGCGGACGUGUGUCUCCUCUACUAAACAACAUUUCUGUGCUUCAAUCGGUGUUCCUUGUGCGAGUAGGUCUGCUGCAGUAAACCAUGAAGCUUAGUGUUUAACUGAAGACAUUUGGACAGUACUUUAAGAGCAAGUGAAUAUAGAAGAAUCGAAGAGGAAACGUGAGAUGAACAAGAUUGAAGAUUAGUGUUUUUUUUUGGUUCUACGUGCAUUUAUAAAACUUUGAAAGAAACAUGAUGAUUGCAAUUUGUGUCUUCGUCCUGGCUGCAUCCCAAGCAGCAAAUGCCGGAAUUCUGGAUUCUCUAGGAUGGGCGAGGAGCGAUAAGAUGGAAGUCACAAUUCCUUGGCUUCCAUUCGAGAACGAGUCACGCUGCUACGACGAGCUCGGGUGUCUCAACAUCACGAGGAGCUGGUACCAUCUAAUACACAGGCCUUUCAACGUCUUUCCCUUGCCGAGAUCGGUGAUCAACACCAGGUUUAUACUCUACACCAGACUGAAUCCCACCGAGGGUCAAAUACUUCGUCCGCAAGACGAGAAGACCAUCAAGAAGUCCAAGUUUGAUCCAAAGAAGAAGUCCAAGUUCAUAAUACACGGCUUCAUAGAUACGCCUCUUUCGAAUUGGGUUGGAGAUAUGAGAGAUGAGCUGAUCAAAGCUGACGAUAUGAAUAUUUUCGUGGUGGAUUGGGCCGGAGGAAGUUUACCACUCUACACUCAAGCCACAGCCAAUACACGAUUGGUGGGUUUGGAGCUUGGAUACUUCAUUAAUUACUUGAUUAAAAAUUACAACGUGGAAGCGUCAGAUGUUCAUAUUAUUGGACAUUCUUUAGGAGCUCACACCGCUGGAUACGCAGGAGCUUUGGUACCGGGAUUAGGAAGAAUAACAGGAUUGGAUCCAGCCGAACCCUACUUUCAAAAUAUGCCGGCUCACGUGAGAUUGGAUCCCACAGAUGCGGAACUUGUAGACGUUAUACACACGGAUGGAAAAGGCAUUUUCUUCCUCGGAUACGGCAUGUCGCAACCGUGCGGACAUUUGGAUUUCUAUCCUAACAAUGGAAAAGAACAGCCUGGAUGCGAUAUCACCCAGACGCCUUUGGUUCCCCUCACCUUAAUCAGGGAAGGAUUGGAGGAAGCAUCAAGAGUGUUGGUAGCAUGCAAUCACGUGAGGGCCAUCAAGCUGUUCAUAGAGAGCAUAAACGGACAGUGUCCGUACUUGGCUCACCAAUGUCCCAGUUACCAGCACUUCGUUUCCGGAAAGUGCUUCAAAUGCAAACCUGGUUCCACGGAUUGCGCCUUGAUGGGUUACCAUGCGGAUCUCAGUCCUGGAUUAGAGAACGAGAUUUCGCCGAGACUUCAGGACAACGUAGGCAAUAAGUUCUUCACGACGACCGGUAGAGAACUUCCGUUUUGCCAUCGCCUCUAUCGAAUAAGCUUGGAACUGGCGAAACCGACGACUGCCGAAACUUGGGUUCAGGGUUUCAUCAAAGCUUCCUUACAUAGUCCGCAAGGUGUGGUCAAUCUAGAUUUAACACCUUCUGGCGAUAUGAAGUUGGAGCACGGGUCCACAUACUCAAUGGUGCUCUCGCAUCCGGCGGAUUUGGGAGGGAAUAUCAAACGGAUGGAACUUAACUGGGAGUACGACAUGAAUGUCCUUGAACCUAGAACCUUGUGCCUGUUUUGGUGCAACGACCAUCUCUACGUUAAAAGCGUUUCUGUCGAAGAACUAGAAAUGCCCAGUAGAGGGAAAAGGGAUGCUCAAUUCUCUAGUAAACUAUGCUCAAGGAAUAAGAGGGAUUAUGCAGACAUCGCCAAUAGAGGAAGAGCAAUCUUCUUGGAUAGCUGCAAGCCUCCACAAAAUCAGAGCCUAGAAAUAAGUUAG